UUUUCUUGCUCCAUGCAACUUUUUUCAUUUUCUUAUCUGUAAACCGACCGAAUACAAAUUAUUAUGUUGAAUAUGAGCAAAAAGUAUAGGACUUGAGGGGUUAAUUGUGGUCAUUCCUAAACUCAAUAACUUAGUGUGGGUGGUUGAGAAAAAGACACGAACCCAGGAGGAAAGAUCUCUUUUCUUACUCAAGAUUGAAGGUUUCAAACCAGCUAGCUUCAAGAUCUGUUUAUAAUCUAAUUGAAUACGUACAAGCUGGUAAUUCCUUUUCGUAAACCAAAAUCUUCGCUGCUUGACUGCUCACAGUCGACCUGCGACUCCACUAGCCGAAGACUGGCUCUUAGGUGUGUGUUUUUUUUUCUUUUUGAACUUUUACACAAUAUUUCAUCAGAAUAAUUUAUCAUGGAAGAGUUUGAUGACCUCAAAAUUCCAUUGAAAGAUGUUAUAUUGGCCACCGACAGUUUUGCAACCAACAAUAGAAUUGGGUGUGGUGGGUUCGGAUCGGUGUAUAAAGGAGAACUCUCUCGCCCAGAGGGACUCAUAACUGUAGCUUGUAAGCGUUUAGAUCGUAGAUUCGGGCAAGGGAAUGUUGAGUUUUCGAAAGAGAUCGUAACGCUAUCCAAAUGCAAACAUGAAAAUUUGGUCUCUCUGCUACACUUUUGUAUUGAGGAUGACGAAAGGAUCCUAGUGUACGAGUACGCAUCUCGUGGAAGCCUCGAUCGCUAUCUAAGUGACCCUAGUCUUACAUGGACUCAGCGUCUCAAGAUAUGUGUCGGGGUUGCACAUGCACUAAACUAUCUUCAUGAUCCUCCGACCUACACCCACCAAAGAAUAAUCCAUCGAGACAUCAAAAGUUCCAACAUCCUUUUGGACGAGGAAUGGAAUGCCAAGGUUUCGGAUUUUGGUCUAUCAAAAUUUGGCCCGGCUAACCAACCCCAAACAUAUCUUGUCUCAGAUGCAGUUGGUACGCUUGGAUAUUGUGAUCCACUGUAUUGGGAGACGGGUAUCCUAUCAAAAGAGUCUGAUGUAUACUCUUUUGGAGUUGUAUUGCAUGAAGUAAUGUGUGGGACAUUAUGUUGUGAAUAUUGUAAUGGUAGGUUAAUAAGCAUUUUAGUACCUAUGUGGAAAAAGCGUUUUGAAGAACAAAGACUAGAUGGCAUAAUCAAUCAUGGUCUACAGAAACAUAUGGAUCCGGGUUCUUUGAAUACGUUCUCAACCAUCGCUUAUCAAUGUUUAAAGACAGCCCGUAAAGAACGACCCACAAUGGCCAAAAUCGUUGAACAACUUAAUAUUGCACUGGAACAACAGGAGAUUUUUGAAGAUAUUGUAAAGAGAAUGAACUUUGAAAGAAUGCGAAGGAUUGCAGAUUUUGCUGUAUCUUCUCUGUCUUAUGUAACCCAAGGUCAACUUCUCUUUCUUUUCAUGAAAGGGAUGCUUCUUGACGACGGAAAAACGUGGUUUUCAGUAAAUAAGAAAGGACAACACUGUGAGCUCAUAUCUUCCUCAAAAUGUGUUUCAGCAUCUCACACAGUGUUUUCCGCUCCGGGUAAAUUGUUACAUUCCAGAUUUCAAGACUUAUUUAAGUACAGAUCAACCGAAGAUUUGAGACUAACAGUUGUGACUCAGUUCUUGUCGCCAAAUGUCACAUAUAUUAUAAACCUUGUCUACAAAUGUGAUUAUCCUCAUAACCGUGACCUGCGUAUACCCUUCAAAUACAAACUGGAAGAAAUGAGAGAAUAUUCGACAUCAUGUGUUGCACAUGUUGGGGAAGAUGGAUGGCAAAGGACCGAACUGUUCCAGUUUACUAGCAUCAAAAAUGAACAUUAUUUUGACAUUCACUUCUUGAGUGAGUUGACGGGCCAGGAAGAUCGGUCAUAUGAUAUCUUCUCCAUUAACAUUGAAGGCGUUGAAUUUUGUCCUGUAGACUUUGAGAAAGAUGAAAAUAAGGUGGAUAAUAUGCAGCAGCCAACAGACAUUGAUUGGGGGAAAAGAUUGCCAGAUGAGUACGCCGAAUUAAUAGCCACCACGUAUAGUGCGUAUGGGAUUAGUAGGAAGAAUGCGUAUUUUCUUCUUCGCGAAGGGUUCCUUACUAAUUCAGAACAGUGGUUUUCUAUUAGUAAGAAGUCAAAGAAACGUCUUAUGCUAUCUGCUCGAGCAAUUCUGCCCGAAGAAAAAUCGGGAUGGAAUUUUUUAUCACGAAGAAAAAUGAGUUGGGUCUGGAAGUCACUGCCAGGAUCAAGAUUUGAGAAAGUGGCCGAGUCUUGUGAUAUUAAUCACUUAGCUAUCACUUUCCGAAUUGCAUCCCAUCUAUUGUCACAUGAUACAAUGUAUGCAUGUUACCUCGUGUUCAAACUACCUGAAAAUGCCUCCGUGUUUGAAGGUGUCGUAGUAACAAGUUUUCACAUACGGGGUAUGAAGAAUCUCCAUACAGCACGUCAUCAUAUCUAUCUAGUUACUCCACCCCACACCCCGAUUAUUGAACUAAGCCCAGGUCAGAAACCAUCAAGAUGCCGUAAAAUAAAAGGUCACCCUAAACUCAGGAAAGAUGGUUGGAUGGAAAUUCAAAUGUGGGAGUUUCUAUUUAGUUCUCAGUUUGAACUUGAUUCUAGGUAUAAAUCUUUCUGGAAGGAUGGUUUCGUGAUUGAUGGUUAUUUCAAGAGUUUGGAUAAAUGGAAUUUUACAGGACUUAUUGUGAAAGGCAUUGAGCUCAGGCCUGCUAAAGUUCACUUUGAACCAAUUUCUAUGUAAACAUCAAUAUGAUUUACUUUGCAAAUGUCUUUUUUUUUCUUUUGGCUAUGUUAAAUUUAAGAGUAAAUUUAGAAAAAAUCGUUCUUUAUUUUGGCACUAGAUUGCGAAGUGUGUCAUUUGUCUUCAA